UGACUAGAAAUUCAGUAGUGGGGUUAACACUUAAUUAACCCCUCACCCCCAACCCCCAACCCCACGCCACCCCCACACCCCUACUUGUCUAUUUUAAUACAAAUUCAGCCUGAAGUUUCUGUGUGUCAGAACACAAAACCAAGACACACACAUAAACAUAUGCAACACACACAUUAAAAAUCUAUAGAAAUAGAGUUACUAUUUUUCUCUGUCAAAACAAUUGUGUCUUUAAAAAAUUAUGAAAAUGGUGUGUGUGUAACCGUGUUUUAACUUACUCUUUGAAUCUUUCUUCCUGUCUUUUUUUGUACAUGGAAGAUCAGCAACAAGUGUUUCUUCCAUGGACAAAAUUCUGGAAUAAAUCCUCUUGUUCUCUUGCUUCUCAUUACAGUACAAGACAACUCCAAUACAUACAAACACUCAAUCAAUGUUAGCAGAAGAAACAAUCAUAAAAGGACAUUCCAAAAUCAUGGCUACUUCUUCAUAUUCAAUCAUUUUUAAAUUUGUUGCUUUAUUGCUUCUUGUUUCUUCAUUUACUACUGGUUUUGUUGUAUGUGGGAAUACAAAUCAAACUUUCAAGUCACAGCAAGAAUUGUUGAAACUCAAGAAAAUAAGGGGUUAUCUCAAGAAAAUCAACAAGCCUCCUGUCAAAACUAUUAAGAGUCCAGAUGGGGAUCUAAUAGAUUGUGUAUUAUCUCAUCUUCAACCAGCAUUUGAUCAUCCUCAGCUCAAAGGGAUGAAUCCAUUGGAACCUCCAAAGAGGCCUCAAGCUAAUGACACUGUGAAUGAAAUGGAAGAAAUUUUACAGCUUUGGACAGUUUCUGGUGAAUCAUGUCCUGAAGGAACUGUUCCUAUUAGGAGAACAACAGAGAAAGAUGUAAUGAGAAGUAGCAAAUUAAGAAGAUUUGGUAGAAAAAUUAGAAGAGGUGUUAGGCAUGACACAUUGAGCAGUGAUCAUGAGCAUGCUGUAGCUUUCGUGAAUGGAGAACAAUAUUAUGGAGCAAAGGCAAGCAUCAAUGUAUGGACACCAAGAGUUACAGACCAAUAUGAAUUCAGUCUGUCACAACUAUGGGUCAUCUCUGGCUCCUUUGGCCAUGAUCUUAAUACCAUUGAAGCUGGCUGGCAGGUCAGCCCCGAAUUAUAUGGAGACAAUUAUCCUAGGUUCUUCACUUAUUGGACGACGGAUGAAUACCAAGCCACAGGAUGUUACAACUUGUUAUGCUCAGGUUUCGUUCAAAUAAACAACAGGAUUGCUAUGGGAGCAGCAAUAUCACCAAGAUCAUCUGUCAAUGGUAGACAAUUUGAUAUUGGCAUUAUGAUAUGGAAGGAUCCAAAGCAUGGACACUGGUGGUUACAGUUCGGGUCGGGUCUACUAGUAGGGUACUGGCCAGAUUUCUUGUUCAGCCAUUUAAGAGGCCAUGCAAGCAUGGUACAAUUUGGAGGUGAAAUAGUGAACUCAAGAUCAAUGGGAUAUCACACUUCAACACAAAUGGGAAGUGGACAUUUUGCUUAUGAAGGAUUUGGCAAAGCAUCUUAUUUCAGAAAUUUGCAAGUAGUUGAUUGGGAUAAUAACUUAAUUCCUUCGUCAAAUCUUCAUCUCUUAGCUGAUCAUCCAAAUUGCUAUGAUAUUAGAGCUGGAAAAAAUAAUGUUUGGGGUAAUUAUUUUUACUAUGGUGGUCCUGGAAGAAAUCCAAGGUGCCCUUAAAGAAAACAAAGAAUAUGCAAUUAAUUUCAUUUUGGUCUUGUAGAGUGUCCUAUUUUAUUUUAUUUUAUUUUUUACUACUUAAGGUAUAUUUGUUUUACCUAUUUUGACUUAGGAUUUAGAAGGGUUUGGGUCAUUUCUAGAUUCUUUUAUAUAACAAACUUUGUUUGCUCUUUGACCAUCAUGAGCUGAUGUAAAUUUUUGGUGAGAAGUUGAUAGUAUUGAAUAUUGAUUAGAAAUUACAACCUA